GCCUUGACAAUGGUUCAAGCGCUUGAAUUGUCCUCCCGAGAUGGGACGUGAGGCGCCUUGCAGUCCGGCCCAUCCGCGUUCGGCCAGACGACCAUGAUGGUUUCCUGUCGCCAAAUCUACCUUGACGAGACAGCGGCAUCCGCGCGGAUGACAACCAGCCCCACAAAUUGAUCGACAAGGUGCUUCGGAACUGCAGACCUUUUGUGUCCGAGCGUGGGACCCAUCGCCCUACGGCCUUCACAUGGCGGGGACCACAUGUUACACCCUUUGGUGCAAGAGCAGCAGAGUGCGGUGGCCACGCCCCAGUCGACGACGCUGACCUGGGCGAGUGUGGGUGGCACCCUCAUUAGUGUUGUGUGGGACGCGAUUGGACCGUCCCAACUUGCAGAAAUUCCCCCAUCUAGGGAUCUGGGGAAAGAGACCCUUUAAAACGAGCCCCGCGGGCUCAUUCGACGUGCAAUCGUCGUCAUGUAGACAAGAAAUCCUCGUCCUGUAGGACAAAAUCGUCAUGUUGAAACAAACUGCUCGCCCAUGUAAAUAAAACCUCUAUUAAGUUUGCCUUCCUCCAGCCUCUUCCUCCGGAGUCUCUGGUGCCUCCAAAGGCCGGUCGCAACAACUGGAUGGCAGACGGUGGGAUAUGACGGAUCGACAGAAAGCGACAUGGACCGGAGGUCAGCCGAAAGCCCUAGAACCCGGAAUUCGGCGGGAUCGACGCAGCGUGCCAUGACCGCACGGUAUGGGGUGAGUGACUGACUUUGCGCUUGAGAUGUAUCGAGUCUUUUAGCCUAGACCUGUUAAAAGAUAGAUAAAACUAGCAACUGCCUAGGAAUUGUGGUUGUUAUCUCAGCACAGAGCAGCACUCGGCGAUGAUCUGAGCAUGUUAGGAUAAGCAUGGUAACUCAGAUUAGUUGAUAGGAGAAGACGAAGGUUCGUUGCGGGAGUGUUUUGGGAGGUUUGAGGCGGUAGAAGAGUGAAGGUGAAACGGGAAGAAGGUAGAGAGGGAUGUUGGCUACGUGUUGCUGCUUGUGUGGUUGGCUUUUGGUCUCUGCUGUGGGAUUCGCCAGGCUUCAAUUUCUCCAGACCCAGAAUUGAAACGCUGGUGGGUUUGUUUGUGUUUUGUCAGAGCUGAGCCAAAGCAAGGUAGUCGCCAUGGACCUGAUGAGAUUGACGAGGGAUAGCCUGUUGGAGUUGUGUUGGGAGCUCGACAUACAGGUAGAUGACGAUACGCCUGCGUCAGAACUCCGCGAAAUAAUAGUAGAAAGCAAAAACAACCAGGAGGAUGUAGAUUACUUCGGGAAUCUAAUCUUAAGAAAUCAAGAAAAGCAAGUAGAGCAGGCAAAAUGGGAUGAGGAGUGUGAAAGGCUGGAACAUGAGUGUGAAAGACUGGAACGUCUGAUGAGAUUGACGAAGGAUAGCCUGUUGCAGUUGUGUUGGGAGCUCGACAUAGAAGUAGACGACGAUAUGCCUGCAUAUAAAAUCCGCGAAAUAAUAGUCGGAAGCAAAAACAAGGAGGAGGAUAUUGAUUAUUUUUGGAAUCUAAUCUUAAGUUAUCAGGAACAGAAAAUAGAGGAGGCAAAAAGGGUUCAACAACACAGGAAGGAGAUGCAAGCAAUGGACGAGGAAAUUGAGAGACUAGAACGCGGGUUAGAUCGAAAGCAGCGGAGUGGUCAAUCGGUAGAUGUAGCGCACGAAAGGUGCGAGGAACAGUCGAGUGCGGUGCAAUUCAGAGCCGUAGGGAAGGCUAGCACUUGUGAAGAUAGCAGCAGGUUCAAGAAUGAACCGAGGUUGGCAGCUGCGAAAGAUGCUGCGCUUAGAGGAGAGGCCGCCGAAGGCCAGAAUAAGUGCGACAAAGUGUUGUGCCAGUGGAAUUCUAGAGAAACGGCUAAGACAGUUGUGGAAAAGCUGGCACAAACACCAAGUGAGAGUAUCGCAACGGUGGAUUUUGCCUGCGGUGUCCCAGGAUAUUUCGACCCGCGAGGCAAGAACACCAGCGUAAGUUUAGGAAGUGGAGCGAACGAAGUGAGUAGAGAGCACAAUGCAGUUGGAGACAGCUCCCAGGUAUGCGAGCUAGGUUGUUCGGAGGAAAACAGUUGCGUUGUUCCUCAGCGCGUUAAGCUGUCCGCCAGUCUGGAGAGGGAAGAAAAAGAUUAUUUGUAUGUAAAUCAUUUAGAUUGCGCGGGUGAGACAGCUAGCGAAAGCAGCGAAAGUGCUGAUCAGCAAGAGAUGCGAGCGGGAUGCUCGAAAAUGAGCCCCAAGAAGCGGCGAAGACGAAAGAGACACCGUAGAGCCAGGAGCGCGGGAAAAGGGACGACGAGUUCGAAGAAAGGCUUUGAAUGUUUGAGCGUAGUAGGAAGAGAAAGGCGUUUGUCAUCGGCGACAAAGUUUUGCAUGCGUCCGAGCCGCCGGACGAAAAGAAAAAGAAAAGCGCAUUGCGCGCAGGUGCAGUCACAGGGAAGGAGUCAGUCAGCCUCCCGUCGGAGUAUCCACGGCGCGUUUGAUGGGGCGCGGGAAUGCAGCGUCGGUGGUUCCCAAGAAGUAGCGGAAAGAGGGGAAGAAUGCAGGCCUCCAACGAAGAGCUUGGGGGGGUUCGGAGGUGAAGCGAACGGGUUUCGCGAUUGUUGUAGUCCCCCUCCGACAAGAAAGGCCCAUAGGGAGCGACCGCCGCGCGUACGUCUGAAAAAUGAGUGACAGCCGUAAGCUUCUGGAAUAUUGUCGCUACCGGACUUGUUUGUUUCAUUUUGAAUUUUGUUUUCUUUGCUUAUUUUAGUUUUGGAUUGUUUUCUUUUGGUUUCUCGGCUACUAGAUAUUGUUCAAGUUACUAGUUUUAAGUUUGUUUACUUCCUAAGCUGUUUGUUUAUUUCUUAAGUUGUGCGUGAUUUUUUUUAGGGAUAAGCGUUGUGCGGUUGCAUAACGACACGCAUCAGAGCGUGCGUUAGGGUGUGUCCUACGAGUCCGUUAUUAAGAGCGGCGUUAGGAGUGUUUUAAGAGUGACCUUGGCAGUUGAUUUUGAGUGCGCGUGAGGAAGCAGGGAUAUGCUUCGAGUUUUUUCAGGGUUCAUGCGAAAGUUUUUUUCUUGUUUAUUUUUGUUUUAAUUCGCAUGUGUCCUGUGUGGACGUGAGUAGGAGGAGUUAGUGCGCGAGUUUGUGUGUAUGCGUUGUAAGAAUUGUGACCGCAGACGAGAGUUAUACAUCCAUGUUUGUUUAUGAGAAGUGUGACCGCAAAGGAGAGUUAGUGGUACAUAAGCGCAGUAGCACUAGUACGAGAAAUUGCGGACGUGAAUAGUGAAUGGCGCUGCUUGUGUUAGUGCAGCACGACAGUCUGCUUUUCGUCAGCUCAAGGGAACUUGACGACUAGCUUUGGCGGCACAAAAUUUUGGGAUCAAAAGAGAGGUUGAAGCGUAAAGCUUUUGUUCACGAGUAUGAGGCCUGGUUGACUUACAGCGGAUUACUGACGCUUGCACACAGGUAGGCCACGAAGGGCACAUCACUGGAGAAGAGAUCAUGUUUGUUCAUGGCAGUUUAAUAGGAAGCUUAUACUUGUAUCGGGAUUAGCAGCUUCAGCGAUAGCUCGGAGAAACUCUUCGAUUGCUGCUUUGUGUUUUAGUUGUACUAUUUAAGGCAGGGUGUUUUCACAUGAUUUUGUUUUGGACUCGAUGUGUCUCAGUGCGGGCAGGGCGCUCUCCUGUGCCUGUGGUUGUGUGUGUGUAUGCGUAUUCCCAGGAAGGAAAGCACCGAGGAACGAGUGCGAGAGUCCAUGGUUCGGCGUCUUCGGCAGUGUCCCGGAGUACGCGACUUUCACCGACGCUUCGGGCAACCUGUACAGCUGGUCACCCUCAGGUCGAGUCUUCCGCCGGUGGACGAGCUGUUACGAUCGGCCCCUGCGCCGAAAAGAAAGCGGCGUCCCCUGUUCUUCGAACCGGGCGCCGAAGUGCUGCUUGCCUUGACAAUGGUUCAAGCGCUUGAAUUGUCCUCCCGAGAUGGGACGUGAGGCGCCUUGCAGUCCGGCCCAUCCGCGUUCGGCCAGACGACCAUGAUGGUUUCCUGUCGCCAAAUCUACCUUGACGAGACAGCGGCAUCCGCGCGGAUGACAACCAGCCCCACAAAUUGAUCGACAAGGUGCUUCGGAACUGCAGACCUUUUGUGUCCGAGCGUGGGACCCAUCGCCCUACGGCCUUCACAUGGCGGGGACCACAUGUUACACCCUUUGGUGCAAGAGCAGCAGAGUGCGGUGGCCACGCCCCAGUCGACGACGCUGACCUGGGCGAGUGUGGGUGGCACCCUCAUUAGUGUUGUGUGGGACGCGAUUGGACCGUCCCAACUUGCAGAAAUUCCCCCAUCUAGGGAUCUGGGGAAAGAGACCCUUUAAAACGAGCCCCGCGGGCUCAUUCGACGUGCAAUCGUCGUCAUGUAGACAAGAAAUCCUCGUCCUGUAGGACAAAAUCGUCAUGUUGAAACAAACUGCUCGCCCAUGUAAAUAAAACCUCUAUUAAGUUUGCCUUCCUCCAGCCUCUUCCUCCGG